CUGCUCCUUCCUUUUGGUUUGUCUUUUCUAAGUGUUGUUUGUUUGGUUGUCAUGAAGUCACGUGAAUGCCUAAGCUCUCCUGCUUGCAUUUGCCUUUGCAUUUUCCCUUCUCUUUAAGACAGCUUUAGAACUCUGCUCAUUAGCCCCUUUUUACACACACAUUAACGUUGGUGUCUCCCCCCACUAUCCCUCAAACUUGCAGUUUUUGGCUGUUCAUUUGAUCUACAAAACCUGCCCCUUUUUUCUUAUUUCUACUCCAAUGAACCUAAACUCCUCUCCCAUAGAGCAAAUUAGUGAUGAUCAUCAUCAUCAUCAUCAACAACAACCUCACCAGCCCUUCGCCCCGAAUCCUUCCCCUUCCGUCUCGUGUCAUAUUUUCUUCAACUCCGCGACUCAAGAUCACACCGGAUAUAGUUAUGAUCGUCGCCAAUUUUACCACCCUCAGCAUCACUUGGAUGACAAUUAUGGCGCUAAUUACCACGGUGGAUCGACAUGCGAAAUCAAGAAUAAGGUUGAGGGUGGCCUUAAAUUGACUCUAUGGAAGAAAGAAGAUGAAGAGUAUAAUGAAAGCAUAGUAGCAGAUAAGAGUACUACAAAUCCUGUGAAGUGGAUGUCUUCCAAGAUGAGGUUGAUGCAUAAGAUGAAGAACCCGACGACGACUACCACGACCGAUCGUGUUGCUCUUAAGAUAUCGUCGAGCGCUACUGCCCCAACCAAGCUUGAGGAUCAGAAGCUGCAGCCUUCCUCUUCCCUUGAAACUGAUUUGAGCAGCAACAGUUUCCCAAGCAACAAUAACAGCCCAAUUAGGGUUUGUGCUGAUUGCAACACAACCAAGACCCCUCUUUGGAGAAGUGGUCCCAAAGGCCCUAAGUCUCUUUGUAAUGCGUGCGGGAUUAGGCAGCGGAAGGCUAGACGAGCCAUGGCGGCUCCUACCGAUCAGCCACCAGCAAUGAAGUUCAAAGUGCAACACAAGGAGAAGACUGGGAAAAAUGGGCAUGCCACACAGCUCAAGAAACGCUGCAAAACAGCGGUUGCUACGACUAGCACGGCUGGAUCGUCAUCGCCAUCCAACGGGCAGAAGAAGCUCGGAUUCGAGGAUUUCUUGAUCAAUUUGAGCAAGAACUUAGCAUUCCACAGAGUGUUCCCUGAGGAUGAGAAGGAUGCAGCAAUCCUGCUCAUGGCUCUAUCUUCUGGCCUUCUUCAUGGCUGAUAUUAACUAUUAUUCAAAAUUCAGGCUCAAUUUUUAUUUUGUUUCAUUAAUUCUUGAGUUAGAUAGAUAAGGUUAGCAUUAAUUUUAAUCAAAAUGUCUGAGAGUCUUAAAUUUUUGUGAUGGAUCGAUCACCAUGUAGGAGAUCAAGUGAGUGAGAUUUUAUUGUGUUUUUAGUUUUCCUUUUCUUUUUAAUAAGGGAAUUAUGCGUAAUAAAUUUGUGUGGCAGUAUUGUAAAACCUUUCGGACAAGUUGAUAACCUAAUAUGGAUCUCUUGUUCUUAUAUUUGUCCAGUUAUAUUAUGAAUUUCAAUCAUUGCUUUCAUUAA